AUGUCUUCUAAGAAAAAGUUGGUGUACCUUGAUGAGAUUAGGCCAUGGAAAACAACUUGGUUUAUUGAAGCCAAAGUCAUACACACCUGGAAACCUUCUAAUACCGGAUUUGGUGAGACUUUAGAGAUCAUAUUGGCAGACAAAAAUGGUAUCAAGGUUCAUGCUACUUGUAGGAAGAACUAUUUGAAAUCUUUGGGGGAUCAAUGUAUUGUUGGCGAAUGGAAGAGUAUUGAAAACUUCCAAGUUAGUGAACCUGGAAAACAUUUCCGACCAACAAAACUCAUGUACAAGAUAAUUUUCAUCAACCAGAAGGUUAUUAAACCGUAUGAUUUCGAAGACGAUGACAUGUUUCUAUCCUUAGCAGAAUUCGAUUCUGUUUUGAGUGGAAGAUUAGAGACUGAGUUUUUAAUUGACAUCGUUGGACAAGCCAUAGAUGUUGGAGAGCUUCAAAUUCUCCAAUCUAACGGAAAAGAGUUAAGAAAAAUCGAGUUCACCUUGAGAAACAUCAGUUACAAACUUAAUGAUGAUUCUAUGAGUAUUGUUGAGACAAAUGAUGAAGGGAAACAAAUCGUUCCUGAAGCAAACACUGAGACUCCACAGAAAGUGGACACUUGGAAAGAAUACGAGGACAAGACAAUUUCUGAGAUACUAGGAUGCACACAAGUUUACUUCAUGAACGAUCAAUGCUCAAAAGUGCAAGGUUGUUGCUACAAUCUAUGCUAUAGGUACUGA